AUGGGGAUGGCACAGUCCGCCACGGCUGUGGACACAGUCCGCCUGCAGUCGGACAUCUCCCUACUGCGGGAGCAGGCGGCUUCGGAGGUUGCCGGUGCCCGACAAGAGGCGGCGAUGCACAACACACUGACAGCCUCUGGCAUGCAGGGGGAAGUGGCGUUGUUGCAAGAAAAGCUUCGCCAGAUGGAAGACCGCAUGGGGAGUCUGGAGCGCCACGUCGGGGAGCAGGACGACAAACAACAAGCGCAAGAAGAGAAACUGCACGAGCUGGAACUGCAACUCCUCCGCGAACGGGGGGAGUACCAGGAAAGCGUGAGGAUGUUGAAAGCAUCCGUUGUUGACCUGGAAUCGCAAGUGGUGGCUUCUUUCGAGAAGAAGUAUCGGGACCUCAACACAGAGUACAACGAAAAAAUCGAAAAAGAACGCGAGCGGGUUGAUCGGGCCGUCGCCAGGGUGUCCGAGGUUGAGAACGCCGUCGCACAGGCUUCUCUCAUGGAAGCAGUGCUAAAAGAGGUCUCGGAGAAGCUCACCACAGCGGGGUCUGAAGGAAACGGGGCCCAGAUGGCACAGCUUCUGACGGAGGUUGCUCGCAUGGGCUCCACUGCCGCAGAGGUGCAGGCGCUUCGCGACCAGCUCAACGAGAUCGCUGGGAGCCAGGACCUCGGCGACUUUCGCGGUCGUGGUCUAGUCGCGUCCAAUGAGCGGAUUGAAAGACAGCAAGCCUCUUUGAAGGAAUCAAUCGCUCAGUUGGAGCGAAAAGUGGUUCAUAUUGACAAGGCCCCUACAUGGGAGACCGAACACGACAACAGGGGAGACGGGCCUGGGUCGCCAACACAAAAGUCUCGGUUGACUUUUUUAGACGACGCCGAGUCAGUGGCUGAGUCGCUGAAGGUGGAGUUCGACCCAAUGGACGUCUGCACCUGGCGUCCUUGGUUCCGUGGGAAGACUCCCUACGAAAUUGAGAAGCAGUUGAAGCACAUUUUUCUUCGCGGCGAGGCACCCCGCACUGCGCCAGUGAAUGAUGCCUUCCAGGCGCUCCUGCGGUGGCUGCUGGCGGCGGAGGCCGACCCGCGGUAUUGGGCUGAUCAACAGGGCACUGGGCGCAGGAUGGGUUUGACGUUGUUUUACAGGGUCAAUGGAUCCUCGUACAAGAUGACGGAGACUGAGUUUCUGCAGGCGUGCGAGGAGAACUCGUACAACUUCGACCCGCUCCUCAACGUUCUGCGUUUGUCGGGUAAGAAGGACGCCUACAAGACGAAAGGGUCUUCUGGCCCCGCGAAAGGCAGCGGCGGAGGUACGAAACUGGUCGACGGACCCCGCGAGCUUGGAGAAGGUGAGUCGACCACAGGUUCGGCGACCGACAUUGGUGGAGAUUGCAAAGUUGGUGCCGCACACAAAUUUCGGAGGGGUGGCAAGCCGGCCGCACUCGUCACUACCGCCGGGAACGUCGGUAAACGAUCAUCGAAUGUUUUGGGGCGGGUUGGAGGCGGUGCCCCCUCACCUGUCGGCUCUGAGGAGCCAGGUCAACGAAGUGGCGGCGGCAGACAUGUACGAGCCGACCACAUGGGAGCAGCGCACAUCACUGCUCAGAGGCUUUCAGUCGUUUUGCCUCGAAGCCGGACUGCCGCUCAACCUCGACGCGGUGCCGGUUUUCCUGGAGUCGAAGGAGCUCAAGUACUCUACCAAGGUGCAGUACGGCACCACACUGAAGUCCCUGCUCACGAGGGAGAUAGCGGUGGUAGACGCGUACCUGGCGGGAUGCCGGAAGCGCGAGGCAAAGGAGGAGGUGCGUCAGGCAGCACCGAUCACACCAGCGGACAUGCGGGCCCUGGUGGAAGGGGCCCCUUCGUGGGCCGACGCCACUGUGAUGCAGUUGGCAUGGAUGACCGCGUCGCGGUGGGGGGAGGUGAAGGAUCUCCGAGGGGAGAACCUGCUGCCACAACCGGACGGGUCGGUGAUUUUGGACUGGGCAGCCAUUCCAAAAACGGCAAAGAUCAAUCCAUACCGCGCACAUCGGUAUGUGAAGUUGCAGGGUCCCAUGGCCCAGGAGCUGCGAAAGUUGAAGGCUCAGGUCGGGGAGAGCGGCAAGCUGACUGGGCUCACGACGACACAAAUCGCACAGCGUCUGCGCGAGCGCGGAUACUCAGCACACUCCAUCAAGCGAGGAGCUCUUCAGUCAGCGGCACAGCUGGCCCGAGAGCACGCACUUCCCCCACGCUCGGUGGUGGCUCUCGCGAAGCACGCAGACCCUCUGGAUAUACCGACGACGACGGUUCGCUACAUGGGCCCAAAAGCCACGGAACUCACGAAUUCUCACGUGCUACCGGGUUCACUCGACCGUUUGUUUUUUCGGAAGUGAGGCAGUCGCCUUGGAUGGAACCAGAGCGGUGCGUUGCUUUCGGAGGGAAAAAGUCCGACGACAAACACUACAGGUGA